UUGUGUUGGCCAGUAAGUAGUGUACGUGUGUGUGCGAGCAUUGUUUCAACGACGACCACCCAGGUGAAAACAACAUGAAGCAAAAUGCCGUUCGUGAAGCGUGUCGUAACUCCAAAGUAUAUCGCCCGCUCGUCCAAGUUGGCACUGCAGCCGUACGCGGCCGCACCGACCAUCCCGGUGGCGGACAAUGAGUUCGAAGCGCUGACCAACGUCACGCUCAGUAACGCCCUACGUCAGCUCGCGUCCCUCGUCUACAUCUCGAACCAGAUCUUCACCGAACUGCACGAGGAGCUGUCCAGCGUCAAUGAGCGAUCCCUCGGCAUCAAGCAACGUAUUGAUCGGCUGUCCCAGAAGGUGGAAAAGUUCGAUCCGAAGCAGGUUACAGUCCCGGAAAGUGACCUCGAUACGUUCGUGCAAAUUAAGCAGCACUACACGACGAAGUACCAUGUGGAUACGGCCCUGUUCACCGUGGCCACCCGGUCCGAUACGGUGCGCGAGCUGUACGAGGCGGCCGCCAAAACGCCCGUCGCGACGAUCGCCGAGAUGGACCGGAUCAUGGGCAAUAUUGCCGGAAACAGUACGGAGGCGUUCAUCUGCACCCCGGUGUUAAGUAGACAGCGGCGCAACGCCCGUGCUAACAACGUCGAUAUGGACAUCGAAGUCAGCCUGCCAACCGCCGUACAAGAUCUACGCAAAUGGACAUCGUCCGAAGCGAUCGGCGACGUCACCACUGGUGUCGCGUGCUCUGUAAAGAUAGCGUCCAACAGUUCCGUCCUACCAAACAUAACCGAAACAUGUACGACACCGUCCGACCUUACCGACGCUCCGACCACAUCCAACAUGGCCGACGAGACGGAUAUCGAUGCGAUUACGACGCUGGCGGAAACGGUCGCCAGUAACAGUAGUGGAGAUGAUCGUGUCGAUCACCUGCUGCCAUCGCCAGCAGAGCAAUGCCGUGUUCUAGCCUCAAAGUUCCCAGCGGAAACGAUCAAAAUUGAUACUUCUGGCCGGGCGUUCGAUCGUAUGUCGUCGACACGGAAGUCACUGGUGUGCUACACGACGACACGCCCCAAGAAGGAUGAUGCCAAGCCGGAAGAGGACACGGUUAGGCGGCGGUCCCGGUUACGGCGACCACGUGGCAAAAGACGCAACACGAUCGCGAGCUCGGAUCAGCGGGAAAUUGCGGAGGUUAUCAACAAGGGAGAACCAGACACCGGUACCGUCGCUGACGAGCAUCCGGUGUGCGAUUUCGGUGAGCUAAUGCCAGCCAUUCGCAGCAAGUCGGGUGAUCUGCUGCGCAAGGAACCGUCCUUCUCGGCCGAAUUUGCCAAGAGCUUCAACAAAAUGUCCCACUUUAACUCGCUCAAGCAGUGGGGCAUGAACCGGCUGCGUAUGAUUAACCGCGAGUCGGCGAGCCACCGCGACAAGGAUCAGGACAUUGACGACUUCAAUAUCCACGAUACCACGCUCGCGCGUCAGCCCAGCAUCGGUGGUAGCCGGCGCCGGGGUUCCGACCGGGAGAAGCGCCUUUCGCACGAUCGAAAGCCGUCUUACUCAUCGUCGGAACGUAGCUCGACCGGCAUCCUUGGCGGUACGACGUACCUACCCGCCUCGAUCAACCCGGUAAAGUUGAGGGAAACGUCUACGAUAAGACGGCAGCGCCGUACAGCACUGGGUAAUAGGGACGAGCCACACUCGUCGAGUGGCAAUUGGAGCGCUAGUUCCGAAUCGGGUAGAACAUCGAUCGGUAGUGAGAUUACGACAACCAACACGCACCCAAAAUCGAGUGCUUCAAGUACUUCGUUGAAUCACAGCAAUCCUAUCAGCUCGAGUGCACCACCCAGUUCGAUCGUUAGCAGACGACGGUUCUUCAACACGUCCGCAUCGAGUAGCGUCACGAGCGAGGGUACGAUCACGCCCGAUCUGCAGACGUUCGACUAUCACGAUGAGGGUGGCGAGACCAGUUCAGUGUAUUCUUGCGACACGGAAGGUUACUACACUUCGUUCCACGUGGAUUCUGGGCUGAAGACGCUUAAGGAGGAGGAACCCAUGACACCGCUCCAAUCGACUACGGCUCUGUCAAGCAUUACAUCGUUCUCGAGCUCGGGUAAUACGACCGUUGUGUCGCAAGACACCGAUUACGAUGUGUAUGGGAAGGGUUCCACAUCGACGACAACCAGUUCGGCGGGCACGAUAUGUACGGUGCUGGCCGAAGGAGACAAGAACGUUAGUGCUAGUGCCUCCAAUUUGCCCAAGAUCCCGGAACGAAAGAGUUCCCUGACGAAGUUAAAUCGUAGCAAUAGUACUGCGAGCAAUGGUACAUUGGAACGGAGUUACUCAAGUAGUACACUGGGUAGUACACUGGACAGUACCGGGACGAUCAAACGCAACGGUGUACUUAUACAGAAGGAGGUGCUAAAAAUACUUCGCCAGGAAAACAACAAUCGUCUCGAUGUGGCUGAUGGAAACGCACCAAAGGUAGCUACUGUUGGGCAACAACCUCCGGGAGGAACGGUGUCCAGUGAGAGCGGCAAGCUGCUACCACCUACUGCCGAACCCGAACACUCCGAAUCGUCCGAUGUGGAGUGCUUGGAGCGUACUGAAAGACUGAAGGUGAAGACCACUAUCAACACGAGCCGCAUUCCUUCUAUGUGCAUCAUCACACCAACGAACAGUGACGAUGAACAGCCUCAGCCUCAGCAGCAACAGACUGCUACUUCCGGCACCAAGACGACGCAAGUUAGUAAAUCAACCGAAAAGAGUGGCGGCAACAAGCGACGGCCCUCGAUGUCGGACUCUCUCUCGUUCGAGUUGAAGAAACCGAAAGAUUUCCGCAAACACUCGCUACUUCCCUUGAACAAUGUGUUCGAUAGGAUUAAGGGCGCAUUGCCACAUUUGAAAAAAUCACCCACCAAGGAAGAUUGUACCGGUGGGUUUGCCGCUUCCAAGCAGCUGGCCGGUUCGGAUGCCCGUCCAGAGGAAGGUAUGGGUGAGGGUGAGUACGUCGAGAUUUCCAAGGGUCGUAAAACGCCGAACGAACUUACGGUACGUCGCAAUUUGGCUACGGUACUGUCCGGUAAUUUAAACGAAGAGACCGAGUAUGUGUCACUGAACGAGCUGCCCUGCAACAUUAAGUGUGAGAGCGCCAACUUCCUCGAUGGGGAAAAGUCCACCACCGAGAGCAGUACUCCGGCAGCUGGCACGCUACAACAAUCGGGUCAAGAUGGCGCCAGAAGCAAUACGACUGCAGCAGGGGAAACCGGCUGCGGUACGCGGUACGCUGCGCUGAAGGGUGCUGCGCGUGUGAAGUUGGAUGCGAACGGGCGAGUAAUUUUCUCAUCUGACAGCUUGAAGCGUCGGAAGGGUGCCCACACAACGUUCGCUCCCGGACCAUGCGUAAAGGAUGUGUCGUCACGCGAAGCGCAAUGUAAACAACCGCACGCUGUACUACAGCAUCCACAGCAGCAGCAGCAGCAGCAGCAGCAGUACGUAGGUGGCAAUGGUGGCGGGACAGUCAGUACAACGAACCCAGUAGAACCAGGUGACGGUAUAGCAGUUCUUCCCACGGUACGACAGUUAAAGCGUCCGCUCGUUUCUGCACGGUACGGUUCAGCCCGGAUCGGUCCAUCACCUUCCGGUGGUCUGUUGUUGGAACCACCGAAGAAAACACUAGUGGCCACUAUUCUCCCCAACAGUGCCAAACAACCAGCCGUACAGCCACCCCUUCGACGGGAGGCCCGUGAACUAACCAGCAUGCAUUCGUUCUCUCCGUACGGUACCGAUGUGGCCGAUACGGCUGGUGCCCCAUACUACGGUGCUACACCGAUUGCAGCCUAUCAGGCGCCCAUCACAGCAGUCGCACCAGCUGCAGCAACAGUAGGCCAUGCGAAACUGUAUCCCGAAGGUGCACACUCACUGGACCGUUCUAGCAUUAGAAACUGGUAUCCGGACAAGCUAACCGUGCAGCGGAAUCUUGCUACACUUCCCGGCCCGACCCGUCCGGACUAUGCGCGGACGUACCGAACCGGUGGCCCUGACUAUGAACCACCCCGGGCACUGAUGACGGGAAGCUUCGCAAGUCCACCGGCCAGUCCGGUUGUGCCGGAAACACCCGAUCCGAAUAGUCUGUACGCGAUUCCCAACAAGCUGAAACCAUCGCCACUGGCCGUAGGUCGGAGUGUCGUUCCGAAACCGCUCGAUCGUAGCCUGCGGACGAUGCUGGCCGAGCAGGGCUGCGGUGAGCUAUCGCCAAUCAAACCUUGCCAAACGAACCCAUUCCGUACGUCUACCCCGUCGAAGGAGGAUGACUUGCUAGGCCCGGUACAUCAGCGACUAUUGUCCUCCAACUCCGUACGCUCGCUCGGGAACUCACCGGUACAUUCCGGACGUUCGACACCGCGCGAAAUGCUCGAACAGCAAACACCACGUGGCCGACAUAGCUGGGCAUCGAACAGUGUCGAGGUGCCGAAAACAUGCUCCGAUCGACUCGGCACACCCAAAACAAGUUUGAUGGACUUCAAAAAGCUUCUGCUUGCCCACGGCACAAAGUCACAUGCUAGCCCCGGUUCCAAAAUGUCCGCUGUGGAGCUGCUGAAGAAGAGCAAAGAGACGGCCGCCACACGCCCGAAGGAACAGUCGACGGCCAGUAGCAGCAGUAUGACGAUCCUGGAUAUGUCCGCUUCACCGAAAAUGUACAGCUUCCGGCGGAUGACACAGCAGGGUGGUUAUAGUGGAUCACCCACGAAAGGAGGUGGUAGUAAGGGUGGUGGUGGAUCGCGUUCGAACUGGCGGUACAAUAAUAUGCGCACGGGGGUUAUCGCCACCGCCAUACCGGAAGCGAACAGUGAGGAAGACAUACUGCCAACGGGUGACGGUGGUAUGAAGGGUGCGGAAAAUGAACCGAAAAAGGAAAGUGAGGUGAAGGUGGAGGAAGAGGAACCGAUCAGUAGCUUUAAGGAGAACAUUUUCCUCAAAGAGGACGAAAACAAUUUUAUGCGCGGAGAGGUACCACGGUUGGCCAAAUCGUUUGCCGGAUUUUCCACAUCCGAUGGGCCACCUCGGGGUGGUAAGCUGGUGAAGGAUAUGGCAGCCAAACUAAUGUCCCGGGACCAAGCGACGGGUGCAGAAUCGGCUUCAGCAGCUCUCGAGACGGCGCUCUAA